AUGGCAGAGGUCGUCAUCGGACAUUCGAUCAUCGGACAUUCGACAAUCGAGUCGUCAUCGGACAUUCGAUCAUCGGACAUUCGACAAUCUCUUGAUGACGACUGGGUCGUCCUCAGGCACGAGAUUGAUUUUGGCAAGCCGUCGAGCAAGGGACCUGCUGCUUGCCCAGCACCCAGACCACAGGAAGAGCUUGCGCCCCGAAGGCAACCUCAGAGACUUCUUGAUACCUCAUCCGACCGCCGAGAGACCUUUCCGCUAAGGAUUCGACCAAAGGGCAACAUUCCCGCUGAAGAUGUUCCACCACCUCAUUUACGCCUGCAGCCGAGACAGCCGUUUGUCCGACCUGCUUCUGACCUUGACUACGAUAAUCUCGGUGCUAUUGCCGAAGCUCAGCAAGAUUCCUAUGCAGAUAUCGCCGAUGGCGCGCCUGUCAAGGGUUGGAUCAUCAUCGGGCGUGGUUUGCGCCACAUGCAUGGUGUGGAGCUGAUAGAGGGUAGGGCAAAGGAAGACGUGCGUUGGGAUACCCUACAGAACGAAACGACGCUGCUGGAUUCUGCAGCAUUUUGGUUGGUUAUGGCAGUGGUUAAUAUACUCCUUGCCGCUGGCCUCACGGCUGUUGCGGGACUUGCCCUCAACGCUGCUUCGAGUGUGGAGCAUUAUUUACCUUUCUUUCGCCCCCUUUCAGACCAUGGGAACCUUGUCUCUGGAUUAGCAACUUCUCUUGCUCCCGCAAUUGGUGUUGCACUCUUCACUGUGAUUGCACUCGGGAUCAUAAAACGGGCAGCUGGAUGGAGUGGUGUCGUAUCCGUGUCCGGAGUUCGAAUGCUCGCGGUCAAACUUGUGUUUUACACCAUAACAGUCGUGGUUGCCGCAUUUACCAUCACUGCCGGUGCUCUCCUUUUCGCGUUAGAGGCAUUUAGUCAUGGGGUUGACAUCGCUAAAACGGUCGCAACCGGUUGUGUCUAUAUGAGCGCUUUCGCUUUCGUUCUCAUUAUCAACGUUGCUGUCCUAUUCCCUGGACGCCGUCACCCAAGACAGCGUUUCCGAGCUGUAUAUCCGACGACUUACGAUGCUUCUUAUACUGCAAGUGCUUGUAUACUAUCCAUGGUUUUUGCAUCUGCAUUUUCUCUCAUUUUCCCUUUGAUCGGGCCGGCUAUUGUAAUUCUUCUGUUUUUGGCUCUUGUUGCUCAUAGAUAUCUCAUUGGAUAUGUUUAUGCCCGAACUCUUUCGGAGACUUGGGGGCUUCUCCAGAUCUGGUUGCUAAAGCGAUUGGGUACACUCCUUGCGCUCCAGCCUCUACUCCUCGGUUUAAUUUUGCUCAGUCGGCGGCUCUGGAUAGAGGGAGGAAUACUUGUGGGCAUAGCUCUCGUUGUGGCGGUGAUAGUAGAAGUGUACACCAUGCACAAAACGAGGCUUGCAAGCCUCCAAGCGUUACCUGAGAGCACCCAAGAGUCUCUUAGAUUAUUUCGCAGGGCGUUGGAAUCAGAUAAUCGUACUGAUACCGAUGACGAGAAUCGCAGCAUGAUCACCGCUAGAGGGAACCGCACAAGGGGGUCGAUGGCUUCUGUCCUCGAAAUGAUGUCUCUCACGUUAGCGGUUAUGCCAUCAGCUUCAAAUCAUCGUUGUCCUCUACCACUUCGAACGGAAACUCUGGAUGAUCUAAUUGCUACAGAGCGAGCUGCCAGAACGCAUCCUGAUGCUCCUCCCCACCUUCCUCCGUUAUCCUUUGGGGACCAUGCCGAAGAGAUGUCAGGUAUCAUGUAUCCGCCCCAGUUGCUUGCCCCACCACCGAUCAUCUGGCUUCCGAACGAUACAGCCGGGGUGGCCAAAAUGGAGGCAAUUGACUUGUGGAAAUAUCACGAUAUACACGUUACCCUUGAUGUCCAUGCUAGGGAUGUCAUCCUGCCUAAACGGAGUACAUCCACACGAACACACGCGUGA